AUGGCUUUCAAAUUUGUUGUACUCUCAGCUCUAUUGGCCGUUGCCAACGCCGGUGUGUUGCAGCCCGUCACCUACGCCCACUACGCUAAUCCCGCCGUCGAUGCCGUCGCCUCCAGCCACCAGAACGUCGUACGUAAUUUCGAUGGCACUGUCUCACAGUACUCGAAGACCAUUGAAACUCCCUACUCCAGCAUUCACAAAUCGGAUACUCGCGUCAGCAAUAAUGUCUACACACCUGCUCUGGCUAAGACUGUCACUUACUCAGCAGCGCCUGCUGUAGCUAAAACUGUCUAUGCUGCUCCAGCUCCAACCGCUUACUAUGCACACUCCGCUCCAGUUGCUAAAACUGUAGCCUAUGCGGCGCCAGCUGUGGCCAAGACUGUCACCUACGCUGCACCUGCUCCUGAGUAUCAACAUGAGGUACCUGUUGCCAAAACUGUGACGUAUGCUGCCCCGGCUGUUGCGAAGACUGUGUCCUACGCUGCUCCUGCUCCUCUUUACCAUCAUGCCGCACCUGCCGCAGUGCAUUACUCUCCAGCUGAGACUUCCUCUCACAUGAGCUUCGAUGGUUUCGGCACCCACUGGGAAAUGACUUUCAAAUUCGUUGUACUCUCAGCUCUGUUGGCUGUCGCCAGCGCCGGUGUGUUGCAGCCCGUCACCUACACCCACUACGCUAAUCCCGCCGUCGAUACCGUCGCCUCCAGUCACCAGAACGUCGUACGCAAUUUCGAUGGCACUGUCUCACAGUACUCGAAGACCAUUGAAACUCCCUACUCCAGCGUUCACAAAUCGGAUACUCGCGUCAGCAAUAAUGUCUACACUCCUGCUGUGGCUAAAACUGUCACUUACGCAGCAGCGCCUGCUGUAGCUAAAACGGUCUAUGCUGCUCCAGCUCCAACCGCUUACUAUGCACACUCCGCUCCAGUCGCUAAGACCGUGACAUAUGCUGCUCCAGCUGUGGCCAAGACCGUUACCUACGCUGCUCCAGCACACACACCAGCUUUGUACACCCACGCCACUCCCAUCGUUAGCAAGGCUGUGUAUGCACCUGCUCACGCCCACUCCGUUGUUGCUGCUCCAGUCAAGACCGUGGCUUACGCUGCUCCUGCUCCAGUGUAUCAACAUGAAGUACCUGUUGCCAAAACUGUAACCUAUGCUGCCCCAGCUGUGGCAAAGUCUGUCACCUAUGCUGCUCCAGCUCCAGUUUACCACCACGAAGCUCCUGUCUAUCACCAUGCAGCUCCAGUUUACCACCAUGCAGCUCCUGUGGCCACCACCAAUAUUAACCACGGAUCAGCUGCGACUACAUACACCCACAAUGCUCCUGGCCUAUCCGGUUAUGGCUCCAGCCAGACAGUGCACUACUCCCCAGCUGAUACCGCUUCUCACAUGAGCUUCGAUGGUUUCGGUACCCACUGGGGUUGGUAA